AUCAGAGUGCGCUGCCGCUGCCGCCGACACCACUGUCGCCAUGAACAGUGUGGGGGAGGCAUGCACGGACAUGAAGCGCGAAUACGACCAGUGCUUCAAUCGCUGGUUCGCCGAGAAGUUUCUCAAGGGGGACAGCUCCGGGGACCCGUGCACCGACCUCUUCAAGCGCUACCAGCAGUGUGUUCAGAAAGCAAUAAAGGAGAAAGAGAUUCCUAUUGAAGGACUGGAAUUCAUGGGCCAUGGCAAAGAGAAGUCUGAAAAUUCUUCUUGACCUUGACAGUCACCUUGAAGGAUUUCUCAAUCCAGAAAUUGAGGACUCUGGAUUUUUGUCAACUAAAUCUGUGAACAUAGCCAUCAGAUUUGAUGAGGAACUUAGGAGAGAGGAGUUUUAUUUCCCCCUUCGAUGUUUUCCUCUCAGUUGUAAAAGAUGAACUCUUUGAGAUGAUUUCUUACCUGCUGUGGCAUCUGGCAGGAACUCAGUGUGCUAAAAUUGAACAAUUUUUUGAGAUUAUGGUUGCAAUACUUGGUGUGGAAUCAGCUUUACAUAAAUAUACCUUGUAAUGCAAACGAUGAUAAACUAGUCAGGAUGAGCAGAGCUGCCUGACCUCUUGAUUUCUGCUGCAAAAGACAUAUACACUGUACUGGGGUCAUCGUUCAUGAAAGUAAUUGGUUAAGACCUCUUUUUUUCUCUCAGGGAACUAAUGCUCUGAAAAAGGAUCUGGGCACAACAGUUUCAGUGGGUGCUUUUGAGCACACUUUUAUUUUUAUAUAAUAACUAAUGGUUAAGAUUGCUGGUGGCCUGGAUUAGCAAAGAGGAAGACAGCUUUUAACACAGUUCCCUACCUUCACCAGAGGUGUCAGAUUAAGAUGUGAAAGCUGCAAGAAUGUUGCAAUGACCACCAUUUCAGAGCUCUCAGUGUGUAGUUCAGGAAUUAAGAUAUUUGGAAUAGCUAUGGAGGAAGAACCUAAAUUGCAAAGAUCUGCUAUUGCCAGCUCUCAACCCAAGUCAGUGAAUUGUCAACCUGCAUAUCCUUAAAAUGCUGCAUCUGGUUAAAUGGUGGGUGGGUUGGGCGGGGGGGGGGGGGGGAGCUAAAGGUGCUGGCUUUAUUUGCCUUGUUUACUCAUCCUGCCCUGUAAUGUCUGUAAUCCUGCAAGAUGGAAUAAAUUGUAACAUUUAGUUUCUAUCAUUA